AUGGAUCCCAACACGCUCAGACAUCUCGAGUACUUCUCGGUACCCAAUCAUCAGACGGUCAACCCCGUUGACCAAUCUUACACCUUGCCAGGGUCUUCCUCUUCGCAGCCAGCGACACCAUGGGGCACCGCGCCAUCAUCGACGGCACCGACGACCAUGUCCCUUGACUCCCUCCCACAACCUUCUCCAGCAACCGCUUUCACUGGCAUGUCCGCUCAUCCUUCCAUGACCCGACAGCCGUCCAUGUAUAGCAGUCAAUCUGGAAUGUCGUCCUCGAGAGCGUCUAGAACCCGGGAAGGCCAUGAAAGGAAACGAACAAGGCUGAACUCGGAGCUAUCACCAUUCGACGAGCCGGACUACUGGCUGCAGUUCGACAAUGAGGACAACUUUGAUGAGCUCUCAGAGGUUACCGAACCCCCUCAGCAGCAGGACCACAGAGGGAAAGGAAGAGCCCCGCAGCUGUCCCAACAACAACAGCACCAGCAACAACAGCAACAACAGUCACAACAACAACGACGUCAGAGCACGGCACACUCAAUAGCAACAACGGCCACCACUCACCGGAGAACUGCUGGUACGCUAAAAUCCGAGGAAUACAUGGAUGACAGCGCCUUGGAUAAUGCUCUAUCGGAGGAUGAGCGGGCGAUGUCCAUCAACCUGGCUGAGCAGCUUUCCAAAAUAGAUACAGCUCCACCGCAAGAAGUACCCCCGCGUGAAGGCCUCUACUCGACACCCCUUAGCUGGGAGCGUCCACAACCCGGUCUCAGAAUGGACUCCCUAAUAGGACUCAACCAACAAGCCCUGAACGAGGCCGAACAACGACGACUGAUUGUGAUUGCCAUGAACCCCGGACCCAGCAUGGGAGGACUCGGCUCCAACAUCAACCUCAACUUCGGGGGCAUGGCAACCGGGUUCAACUCGGGAUUUGGCUCGGGUUAUGGAAGUUCAUCGAUGGGCGGUGGUCAGAUGCCGAAGCCUGUAUCACCACCGCGGGCGAGCACAUUAUCCCAGUCCCGGCCAGCACCACCGAGACACCCUCAGAAGCAGGGCAGCAUAAGCGAAAAGUCGAGCGAAAAGAUGGGUAUGGGUGGUGGCGACAAGAACAGAAAGGCAGAGGAAAAGCACAAGGUUGGGGAUCGGACAGCGCAUAACGAUAUCGAAAGGAAAUAUCGGACAAACCUCAAGGAUAAAAUUGCCGAGCUGCGGGAGGCGGUCCCUGCGCUUCACACAAUAUCGGAGGCUGGAGGAGAGGAAGACGACGGGUCGCAUAAUUCGAGAGCGCCCAAAGUUAGCAAGGGAACAAUCCUCACCAAAGCCACCGAAUACAUACACCAGCUCGAGCGGAGGAACAAGCAAAUCACCAUGGAGCACCGCGAGCUCUCACGAAAACUGCAAGCCUUCGAGCAGCUGCUCAACCACACGGCCGCGACGGCGUACCAGAUGCCGGCGUAUAGCAGGACUUUGUUCGAUCCUAGAGGAUUCUGCUAG